AUGUCUACCGAUACGCAGAAGCAAUGUGCCAAUAAAGUCUGCCACCGCACGACUGCGCAGGAUGGCGGCGAGGCAUUGAAGCCGUGUGCACGAUGUCGCAAGGCCAAGUACUGUUCACGAGAUUGUCAAACCCAGUACUGGCCUACCCACAAGGGCACCUGUCCCGGCCCCAAAGCUCCACGUCUCGUCCACAGAAACUUGCCAACGUUCCAAAAGAUCGUGCCUGCCGGCGCCUCGGAGCAGGUACGCUUCGGCUACAUCAUCGACACAUUCCGACUGCGCUGCGAGGAUGACUACGCUCAUGGGGCCCACAACCACGGCAUCUACGGCAACGGUGACCCGUGGCCCUUGUGGGAGGACUUCCUGGAUCGUGCCGAAACAGCCGGCGUUCUGACCGGCGGUGGCAGAUCGUGGAAUUCUGCGACGCGGGAGCGCUGCACGCAAGUCGCCCGUGACGAUGCGAAUUUCAGUAUUCGAUUUGCUGUCGAGAAGAGCGACAUUCAGGAGCAUUACAAGGAUCCUUCGAUGCCAAUGGCGUUGCGUAUGAUGGCGGAGAACAUCUACGGUGGAGGAUAUGGUCUGGGCCAGAAGCCGAUGCCGCAUGAUUUUCAGUGUUUCUGUUAG